AUGUCCUUCGACAAUAGCUAUCAAGACCCAAUCUUGCCAGCAGAUAAAAAACAUAUUCAACAGCAUGGUCUCACAGUAUUCACUGCCGCUAUAUUUAUCACUGGAGAAAUGGCUGGUACGGGUCUUUUAGCAUUACCUAAAGCUAUGGAUCAAGCCGGAUGGUAUGGUCUUAUAUCGACAUUUGUUUUAUGCAUUUUAUCCGGCUAUUCUGGUAUGAAAUUAGGUGAUUGUUGGACUAUGUUAAGAGAAAUAAAUCCAGUUUAUUCUGAAGAAGGUAGUCGAUCACCAUUUCAAGUUAUAGCUACGGAAGGUGCUGGUCGUAUUGGAAAUCAAACAGGUGUUGUAUUCUUACUUUUGGCUGCACAAAAUCUUCAAAGUUUAUUUGAUGCUUUUCAUGCACAUCUUCCUGUAUGCGUAUGGAUUAUUAUUGUUGCUGCUCUUCUUCUUGUUCCAUGUUGGCUUGGAACACCAAAAGAUAGUUGGCCUAUAGCCAUCAUUGCAAUGGUUUGUACAGCUGUUGCCUGUUUAGUUAUUACGAUCAGUAUUCUUGUUCAUUACCGAACAAGUGAACGAUUUGAACCGAGUGAAAUUACAUUUAAAUCAUUUUCAUUUUCAAUGGGAACUAUGUUUUUUGCAUGGGGUGGUUCAGCUAUGUUUCCAACAAUACAAGUUGAUAUGCGUCAACCACAUCGAUUUCAUGUAGCAGUAAUUAUUGCUUAUUCAAUUUUAUUAGUUUUUUAUUUACCUGUAUCAAUCAUUGGAUAUAUUGCUUAUGGUUCAGAUGUGAAAGAUAAUAUAUUAAAGAAUUUAAAAAAAGAUUUUCUUCGUUAUUCAGUUGAAGUAUUAAUUACUGGUCAUUUAGCAAUGGCAUUUACAAUAGUAUUAAAUCCAAUAUUUCAAGGUUUUGAAGAACUUACACGUGUACCAAAACAUUUUUGUUGGCAACGUGCUGUAUUACGUAGUGGAAUAGUCAUAUUUUUAGCAUUUAUGGCUGAAACAAUACCACAUUUUGGUGCUAUACUCUCAUUUAUUGGAAGUUCAACAGUAUCCAUUUUAGGCUUUAUAUUACCGGUGAUUUGUUUUGUUAUGAUUAAAGUUCAAUCAACUCAAUUAGUUCAUGAAAGAUUAUUAGAUACUAUAUUUAGGGUGUUACCAAAAUGGGAUAUUGUUGUAUUAGCAAUAGCGUUACUCAUUGGUCUUUAUGGUGCUUUAGCUUCAUCUUAUUCAUCAUUUUCUGAUUUGGUUAAUCCAAGUUCAUAUGUAAAACCAUGUUGGCUCAAUAUAUCAUCAGCUGACGAAAAACCUUCAAAUUCAACAUAA